AUGUUCCUGGUUGGACUCUCGGGUGGAAUCGCAUCGGGGAAGAGCACAGUGGUGGCCGUACUCCGGGAACUGGGCUGUGCGGUGAUUGAUGCUGAUGUUAUUGCCAGAGAGGUGGUGCAGCCCCACUUGAAGGCCUAUCAGCAGAUAGUGCGUUACUUUGGCACUGAGAUCCUCUUGGAGAACGGAGAGAUAAAUCGUGAGGCUCUAGGAAACAUUAUCUUCUUCCACCCGGAGAAACGGCAGCUCCUGAACUCCAUCACCCACCCGGAGAUCCAAAAGGAGAUGGUGAAGCAGAUCUUGAAGUACUUUGUGCUAGGCUACCGCUACGUCAUCCUCGACAUCCCUCUGCUCUUCGAGACUAAAAGACUGAUCAAGUUUAUGAAAUACACGGUUUUGGUUUAUUGCGACCCACAGAUGCAGCUCUCUCGGCUGAUGAAGAGGAACGGGCUGCCCCAGGUGGAGGCAGAAGCUCGCAUCGCUUCCCAGCUGCCGUUGGAUGAGAAGUACAAAUUAGCGAGUCACGUCAUUGACAACUCUGGGGACUGGGAGAACACGCGCUGGCAGGUCCUGAGGCUUCAUUCACACCUGGAGGAUUCCCUGGAUUUCCUCUGGGUACGGCUGGCGGUUGGCACGGUUGUAGCUGGGUUUGGAGGGCUGGUGUACCUCCUCCUCCAGCAUUUCAUCUCUUAA